AUGGAUCUCCAGGAAGCUCAGCGGGUGGCCCUAGCGUGUUUGCGCGAGCUGGCGAACCAAUUCCACCGCGUUCCCGGCUCAGCGAUCUUCUUACGCUACGUCAAGUCCAGUUACCAGAACGAUCCGGUGCGGUCGGCGGUAGAGCUGUUUUUGUUUUUGUCUGCGGUGAGGUAUUUGUUGGCGCCAAAGUACUCGACGAAUGCCGAAUUUCGUGACCCUGUCGGAGGAGGCAUGUUAUUAUUGACAAAGGAGCAGGCGAAGAAGCCUCUGACGAGAAGGUUUAUCAUCACGGAAGCGCUGUUUGAAAAUCGCGGUGAUAUGGUGGAUUUGCCGAAGAUCAUCGAACUGAGACUGAAGUACAAAUUCAGACUCAUUCUCGACGAAACUUGGUCCUUUGGAGUCCUUGGUCGAACCGGGCGCGGAAUUACGGAACACCAGAAUGUCGAUCCUACUCAAGUUGACAUGAUCGUGGGUUCAUUGGCAGGUCCUCUGAUCGCCGGCGGAGGGUUUUGUGCUGGCUCAGAGGAGAUUGUCCAUCAUCAGCGGAUUUCGGCUACCUCAUACUGCUUCUCGGCGGCAUUGCCAGCACUUCUCUCUACCACAGCCAGCGAAACAUUGACAUUACUGCAGGAAAGCCCAGAGUUGCUAUCCACGCUUAGAGAAAAUAUCAAGAUUAUGUGGUCGCAGCUUGACCCACGGAGCGACUGGGUUUACUGCUCAAGCGCGCCGGAGAGCCCGAUAAUGUUUUUGGCAUUGAAGCCCGAGGUCGUCUCAUCUAGGCGUCUAUCCAUUGAGGAUCAACAGCAUAUCAUGCAGGAUGCUGUUGACGAGGCUCUUGCCAACGGCGUUCUCAUCACGCGACUAAAAACCAUCCCUGAUGAAUCCGGACCAAAGCUCCUCGGCGGCCAAGUUCCACCAGCACUCAAAGUCUGCCUCACCACCGGCCUAUCCAAAAAGGAAGUCGAAAAGGCAGGCACCGUUAUUCGACACGCGAUCACGAAAGUCAUGAGACAAAGGCGAUGA